UACUGCCUUAGACACGUAUCGCAUCCAAUUUCAAUUUCUAACAAAAUUCGAAGUACGACAUUUUUUUUGGUGAAAAAUAAUUAAAUAUAAACGAGAUGCGCCCAGUGCAGAGUGUGCUUGCGAAAGUCUCGCGUAUUAAAGCUGCGUCUGCUGGGUUGACUUCACCAGUUUCAUCGCUUCUCAGAGGAAAGCCAGCGGCUUGGGCACUGCGUCAACAGCAGCGACGCCAAUUGCAAAAGGCGGAGCACUAUCGUCGGAAGACAACGACGUUACAGUCUAUGCGAGAGUUUUUUAUGCAUCCCCUGACCUGGGAUCGCAACAAUGGAUAUUUAAAUGUGGUGCUGGCCCUGGCAAUCUUCACUUUUGUCUUUAUCAAUUCGUGCACACCAUGCCCCGAGGAUCGUGUGCCGCAGCGCAAGAAGUCGGACGACUAAGAACUCACCUGGAUUGCAAA